AUGGAUGUAGCAGCGAGCAAUUCCUUCGUUGGGAGCCGUAAGAUGUCGUCUUAUUACGGUCCAGUACCCGAGCCGGAUCCCGGUCAGCCUUAUAACAAAUACCACUGGGUGAAAUCAGCCAUGCAGAAACUUCAAAGCGGAUGCCUGAAAGGAACCCCUUCGAAUGAAGUUUGUUCCUUGGACCUCGGUCAGCCUCUCGGUAUGGAGAAUGGAGACAUUCUCGAUGCCGAUCUCUCUGCGUCGACGGCCAUCGAUGGUUAUCCAGCUAGCAUGGGAAGGCUCAACAGUUAUGGUGCGUGGUGCGCAUAUGAUGGCCUGCCAUGGAUACAAGUCAACUUCAAAGUUAGAGUGUACAUUACUGGUCUGAUUACACAGAUUAUCAGCGAAAGCUACUACGUUUCUACAUUCAGCGUUAAACACGGUGAUUCUUCAUCCGUAUUGACAUACGUCACAACCUCCACUGGAAGUGUCCAAAUCUUCACUGGUAAACGUGAUGGAGCUUAUCAAGUGACCAACCGGUUCUCGCCAGUGUUGCACGCCCAGUAUUUGCGCAUCGUUCCGGUUUCAUGGAAACCGGAAGGAAACUGUUGUAUGCGCUUUGAGGUGUUAGGAUGCCGGUGA